AUGCUGCUGUUGGCGCCUUGCACCAGCAAGCGUGCUUGUUGUUUUUAUUACCUACAUUUUCGACUAUUAUACUGGGAGAGUCUUCGAAGCUUGGUCGGGAAACUUCUUAAAUCAGUGAAGUCAAUUGCCAGUCUCCUGCUUCUCCUCUUUCUCUUCAUCCUCAUUUGUUCUCUUCUCGGCAUGCAACUGUUUGGUGGUAAGUUCAACUUCAUCGAGGAGGAGAAGCCGAGGGCCAACUUCGACGGCAUCCUGCAAGCUAUGCUUACAGUCUUCCAAGUGAGUUGGCUAGGUAGCUUUUAA